AUGGUUGCAUCCACUCCAGUUGAAAUAGGUACCAGGGGCACUAUAGGAUCUCUGGUGAGGAAAGAAAUUGAGUACUUCACCAAGAUUGAGUUAGACAGACGCGUGAGCUCCGGGAAACCUCAGGAACAGAUGACUGAUAUGGACUCCAGCAGUACUGGUCAUUCAAUGCCUUGUUUCUGGUCCUUGACACUGAACUGGAAAAGAAAGAAGCGAAGAGGCAACAACUCCGGAUUCUUCCCAAGCAUUUUCUCUUCUGUGAAAGUUGCAGAAACCGAUCCACUUAAUGGGAUUCCUGGAUUCAGUUAUAGGAUCCUCAAGAAUGAUGAGAAAGAUAAUGUUUAG